UAAUUAUUCAACAUGCAAAGCAUUAAGUGUAUAACAGUAGCAUAAGGCAGGUCGUAGGGAGAAACCGAUUUCGAGUUAAAACACACAUUUCUUAUGACAAGAAUAGAUUGAUUUGAAAUAAAAACAAAUAGAAAAUUGUAUAAAGGUCGUUUUAAUAAGUUGAAUGUUGUUUCGAAAAUGGUUUAAGUGUGCAUGUAAGAAAGUAAAAAACACUUAACGUUUGACUUUUAUAACUAUACCUUUGGAGACACACGUAUUGAAUUUCUGCAUUAACAUUUACGUUAAGUGACAACGUAAAAAGGGUGAAAUCCUAAAGAGGACAACACACACCGUAAUCCUAACAGGUACCAAAUUCAAUAAAAUGCGAAACAUGUGCAAAUGGUUCAUAGUUACCAUAUUGUUGUUUUACGUUAAUGGAUUCCUUUCCAAAGAAUGGAAUUCAGAAGAUACAGCAAACCUGGAGGAACGAAUUGCAACCGUAAUGGAGUGCAGACGUGUUCCGGGAAUGUUUCUGUCUGUGGUGAAGGAUGAUACUGUUGUUUUAAGCAAGGGCUAUGGAUACAAAGAUAUUGAGAAGAAUGAGCCAUUUACAGCUCAGACGCCAAUGUCGAUACAAAGCACGUCAAAAUUUAUGUUUACAAUCCUCACUGCCCGAAUGCUGACGAAAUAUCCACAGUAUUCAUUUGACACAACCAUCAAAGAUCUUCUGGGAGACGAAUUUGAAUUGUCCGAUAAAACUUCGGAAAAGGAGGUUACAAUCAGAGAUAUCCUAUCAAUGAGGCAUGGAAUAGGUGACGGAGAAGUAUUCUAUGAUUUAGUACAGAACUUUUUUGCCUGGACGAAAGAUGACUACAUCAGACAAAUAAAGCAUUAUCCGGUAACUGAUGAAGUUAGGCGAGCAUACCACUACUCAAGUGCUGGAUUUGCGUUUCUUGAAAAAGCGUUCGAGAUACUUGAGAAUAAAACAACCAAACAGAUUUUACAUGACGAAUUGUUUGAGCCAUUGGGUAUGGUAAAUUCAAAUACAAUAGAUGAGGCUCGAUUCGAUGACAAUUAUGCCUUAGGGUACCAACCGGGUUCAAAUGGGACACUCAUCAAAGUAACUGGAAACUUUGUAAGUCGUAGUUCUGGGAUGAUUGGCGGUUAUGGGAUGGCUAGUACUGCAGACGACCUCGCCAAGUAUCUAAGAUUCGUCCUGAGAGGUGGAGUUUUAGAGGAUGGAGAAACAGUUCACGUAAACAGAGAUCUUAUAGAAGACGCCCUAUCACCGCAGAUGUUUUACCCAAAUCCAUAUGGUGGAUACACCGUUGCCGAUGGUUACUCUAUGAGACCAGCUGCCCCAUUUACAAGCCAUACGUAUGCCUACGGGUUGGCAUCAUGGCAUCGUUAUUACAGAGGAUUUCAGUUGGUGCAGCAUACCGGAAGUCACUUCUCAGACACAUUGAUGACUUACCACCCAGAUUUAAAGAUUGGUAUCUACGCUGGUUUAAAUGGCCCAUAUGAGCGAGUAUCAUGGACCGUUGAAACCAUCGUUCAUGAAUACAUUCUCGAUAUACUUCUUGAUUUGCCGAAUUACUUGAACCAAACAACGGUGUGUGCCUUUCCUGCCCCCUGGGGAGAGCCAGUGGAUAUUCCAACGUUUACUGCUAUCCCAGAGGACGUAGCUUCAACGCUUCCGCUGGAAAAAUAUACUGGUGUAUUUGGCCGUGCUGCAUACGGAUGCAUGAAUAUGACUUUGAAUCGAACCGAUGAUGAUACCGAAGUUCUACAGUUUUCUAUGAGUGAGGCCAGAAUGUUCGCAUAUCCGAAAGAAGGACAGGCUCACGAGUUUUGGUUGAAAGGAGUAGAUGAUAUGUACCACUUGUGGUAUACUGGACCUUAUUCAAUUAAAUUUACUGAAUCCAAUGGUCUUAUAAACGAACUCAUAUAUCAAGGAUUAGAGUUUGAGCGAAUGC